UUUUGCAUUUAAGUGUUAUAAGAAAACUCUGUGCCUUUAGAGUGUCUCCCUCCCUAAAGUGUGUAUAGUUUUUGAUGAAAUAUUUAAAUUGUAUUCAUAAAUCGAUUGAAAUAGAAGUAAACAGGAAAUUUGACGGAAUCUGAUUUAAGUGAAGUGUAUAAAACUUGUGCUAAAUUAUGUAUUAUGAGACUUCAUACGACACAUCUCUGAAGCCAUUCAAUCAUGACAAGAAUCGUGGUAAAUGGUCUUCCCCGAUGGACUUCUUUUAUUCUUGCAUUAUCCAUGGCUUCAAAGUUGAUGCUAUAUUGAUCAUGCCGUCACUGAUCUUUGGUGACCUUGGAAUUUAUUGCUUAAUUCCAUACUUAUUGGUCUUGGCAACGUGUGUUGUUCCAAUUGUAUUUCUGCAAUCAUUUCUCGGACAAUUUUCCAGCACGGGAUUUAUAUCAGUUUUUAGAAUAUCUCCAUUAUUCAAAGGAAUUGGAUAUGUUUCACUGGCAAUCAAUUUAACAACUUUGACAUAUUAUAGUAUUUUUGGAGCUAUUCCGUUGUUCUUUUUAUUUCAUUCACUCAGACUUACAAUACCUUGGAGUUGUGAUGGUGCUAAGAAAUGGAUGAAACACCCUGAGGAUACUUUAACACCAUGUUUGGAUCCGGAAAUGCAUGCAGCAUUAAUGGCAAACAAUAUAAGUCGUGAAAUAAAGAUUCCUUCAUACGAAUUUUUCAAAAAUCACAUUCAGCCAAUGGAUUUGCAUACAAGAGGCCAUCCAGAUUAUACAUUUUCCUGGUCACUCUUAAUUUGUACACUAAUUAUAUGGAUGAUUGUGAGAAAAAUUGUAACCAAACCGAUGGAAACAGUAUCUCGGUUUAUUCGAUACUCUUGCCUUACAGUCAUUGGAAUUUUAUGCUUAUUAUGCCUUCGUUUGGCGUUCCUUCCUGGUGCAUUCGAAGCUAUAAGGGAAUUAUUUAAUCCACCUGGUCUUAAUAUUCAUUAUAUUGAUGUUUGGGGAACAAUACCAUUUAUGGCUUUAGCUGCACUUGGACCUGGUUGGGGUUCAAUUCUUACCAUGGCUAGUUUCAAUAAUUUCAAAACCAACAUAUUCAAUUAUAGUUGGCUUAUGUGUUUGGCUCAAUUUGGAAUUAUAUUUGGAUUAGCAAUUCAGGGACUUUUCGCGAGUAGUCAUUACCUGAGACCAGAUCCAAAAAUGAUCUAUCAUCAAUAUAUGCAUAGUCAGUGGAUGGAAUUUCUUCUAACUCCUUCGGCACUGACAUUUAUUGAAUUUCCACAUUUUUGGACAAUUUUAUUCUUCGGAAUGAUGAUUUUAGGAACUCUUAAUUUAAUGAUUGUUCAAUUUCUUUCAAUAUUGACGUCAAUAUUUGAUGAAUACGAAAAACUUAGAAAUGUUAAAAAUGAAGUGAUCUUAGUUAUGGCAGCUUGCUUUACUGUGGUAUCAAUUAGUUUCUGUUCCAAUUAUGGCAUCACAUUUGCAGAAUUAUUGGCAAAAUUCUCAGCAAUAUCUCAAAUGGUACUUAAUUUGUUUUUGCUGCUAGUUGUCUUGUGGAUUUAUGGACGGGAACGAUUUCAGCGCGAUGUCAAUUUUAUGACAGGUCGAACAUAUCCAACAUGGAUGGUGAAUAUUGUUCGAUUUGUUGCACCACUGUUUCUACUUCUUUCAUGGGCAGCUGGACUUGUAAUAUCGCUUAGUUUGGGCUAUAAAACUGCUCUGCUAGUGACCUCAAUUUGCUGCAUUGUUUUACUACCAUGGCUUUUCGUUCCAGGAUAUUGUAUAUUUAAAUUAUUACAAACAAGUGGAAUGCUAAAUGUUCGCUUUAAACGUUCAAUAAGACCAACAGAUUGGUAUCCUGUUGAUUCAAUGUAUCGAAAUCAAUAUGAAGAGACUUUUAGUCGCAGUGAAAUUUCACAUCAAUUAACAACAACUGCAACAGGAACUACAGCUGAAUAAGAAAGGCUUUAACACACAAAAUUAUUGAAUAAGUACGAUUUUUUGUUGUAAAAUUUUGUAUAGAUCACAAAAUAUCCCAAAUGACUUAAUUUGUUUUUUGUUUAUACUUUAAAUAAAUAAAUGAAAAAAAUGCCUGCUUUCAGGGUGUUUAUUUCAAAAAAUUUA